AUGCAAGAGAAGAGAUAUGUAUUCUGUGAUCCUCAAGCGAUAUUGAACUCAGUUCAGGUCCACAGAAUUCCGAAAGAGGAGAUUUGCGUGAUGCAAAAGCUUGAGGUGCACGAUAUGGCCUACAUCUACAAGCAGAUGCUGAGAAUUAGGUUUAUAGACCAGAUAAUGGACAGAGAGUAUAGGAAGAAGAACAUCAGGGGAUUUUGCCAUCUCUCAGUUGGGCAGGAAGGAAUAUAUGCAGCUCUUGAAUACGCAAUGGAUGAUGACAUUGUUGUUGCCUCAUACAGGUGCCAUGGGCUUGCAUAUGUCACUGGAUGCAAGACUUUGGAGAUUAUGGGAGAGGUCUUUGGAAGGCAAAUCGGUGUGUGUAAGGGCAAAGGCGGGUCCAUGCACCUGUACAACAAGAACUUCUUUGGGGGGCAUGGGAUUGUUGGUGCACAGGUUCCUCUUGGACUAGGAAUUUCGUAUGCACUGGAAUACAGAAGGAGGCUGCUCAAAGAUGAAUCCCAAGGAAGCAAGGUCUGCUAUGCGUUCUAUGGAGAUGGAGCUGCAAACCAGGGACAGGUGUGGGAGAGCUUUAACAUGGCAAUGGUCUGGAAGCUUCCUAUAGUUUUUGUGUGUGAAAACAACAGGUAUGGAAUGUGGACUUCUGCAGAAAGUGUCAGUGCAGAUACAAACUUUUAUCUCAGAGGAGGGACUAUCCCUGGAGUCCGAGUUCCACAUAACAACAUAUUCGGGCUGAUAUCUGUUUUGAAAUAUGCCAAAAAGUACUCGUCCAAGAAAGGCCCAAUCAUUAUACAAGUCGAUACAUAUAGGUUUUGCACGCACUCGACUGCGGAUUCAAGGGAGGCCUACAGGGCCGAGGGAGAAAUGGAUAGUGAAAGGAAAAAUGACUGCAUGGAAGACGUAAGAAGACGUCUUCUUACAUUUUACACUGAGGAAGAGAUUGACACCAUGAAAAGUAGAACCCUUGAAGAGGUUGAGAGAGAUGUAGAUGCUGCAAAGAGGAGCAAGCCUACUGAGAAAAAUGAGUUGUUCAAAGACAUUCUUUUGUAA